GCUUCUGCCGCCGCCGCCCGUCGUCGCCGAGCCACCAUGCCGCGGAGGAGGAGGAGGAGGAGGCCGGUGACAUUACCGGGGAGGGGGUGCGGAGAGGAGCCCCGAGAAGGAAGAGGAGCCGGAGCCCCCCCGCCGCCGCCCCCUCCAAAAAUAUGACCGGCGGCGCCGCCUCCCAGAACCGCCGCCGUUGCAUCCGAACCCCGCCGAACCCCCCCGAGAAACCGUGCGCCGACUCGGAGCGGGCCCAGAAAUGGCGCCUGUCGCUGGCCUCUCUCCUCUUCUUCACCGUCCUUCUCUCCGACCGCCUCUGGCUUUGCGCCGCCGCCGGGGCCCAGCUCAGAGCCCAGGAUAGGAGCGUCGCCCAACCGGAGGCCGCGGUGAGGAGCGGUGGAGGCGCAGCCCCGACAGCGGAGGCGCGGCUCUGCCCCAACCAGGACUUGAGCUCAGCUUGUGGCCAACCGGCCGCGCCUCCCAGACCAGAAGCCGCGGCGGCGAGCAGCCCCGACGGCGCGGCCCCGACGGCGCAGCCCUGCCUGGACUUAAGCUCUGCCUGCAGCCACCGCCGCCUCUUGCAAGGGCCGCCCGGGUCCGCCUUCCCGGCCGCCGCGCCUGCUGAGGCGUCCCCGCCGCAGCUAGCCUUCCUGGAGCGGCACUUCCGCGGCUUGCGGCUCCCUUUCUGCCAAGCCUACACCGUCUGGGACCUGCUGCUGGGCAUGGCCGCCGCGGAGAGCCUGGACUGCAGCCUCCGGAGCCUGUUGGCCGACGUGGCAGCGGCGGCAGGCGGGGCGCAGCGCGGGGAGGCCUGCAGCAGCUGUCUCGAGGCCUACCAGAGGCUGGACCAACACGCUCAGGAAAAGUACGAGGAGUUCGAGGAGCUGCUGGAGAAGUACCUGCAGGCCGAGGACUAUUCCGUGCGCUCCUGCCUGAGAGACUGCAAGGCUGUCUACAAGGCAUGGCUGUGCUCUGAGUACUUCAAUGUGACCCAACUGCAGUGCCAACACCGGAUCCCAUGCAAGCAAUACUGCCUGGAGGUGCAAACAAGAUGUCCCUUCGUCUUGCCCGACAAUGACGAGCUGAUCUAUGGAGGGUUGCCUGGCUUCAUCUGCACAGGGUUGCUAGAGAGGGAGCUGCCUGACCAGGAAGCCAAGUGCUGUGAUGUGCGGUGGGACUCCUGCGACCGGCACCUGGAAGGCUAUCGCAAUGCAUCUGCCAAAUCAGAGCCAUUCCACGACCAACACCACAACACCCCCCAUCACCAGCAGCAACGGCAGCAGCAGCACUACAACCUCUACUAUCACCACACCCAGUACCACCACCACCACCCGUCCCUGCUGCCAGUGUCUGCAGGGUCCCGCCUCAGCAACAGCAAGAUCCGGUUCUGCGUCCUGGUCCUGAUGCUCCUCCACACCAUGGUGUCCUUCUCGAGCGUGCACAGCAGCGGGGGACUAAGCUUGGGGGCCUACCCCACCAUGGAUGAGACCCUCGCAAGGGACGAGUGAACCUCCUCUGCAAGGCAGGGAAAAAGGAAACCUCCAGCUCUUUUCUCACCUGGAGGAAAGAAGGGGUUUGGGUGGGCACAAUGAAGCUCUCCCUACAGUGGCGGGGGCGGCGGCACAGGACUGGGGGUGACACAGACAAAGCCACCCCAACGCAGAGCCCCCUCCCACCCCCCAGAGCAGGUCGUCACAGGCCCCACCCUGCAGUGGGUGAGUCUCUGAAGCGUUUGGGGGGCUGUGGGAACAAGCGAUUGUUCAACAGCAGGCUUCAGACUGGGCCUCUGGGGGGGAAAUGGCUCAGUGAGCAGCAGGCCUUAGGCUGGGCCUCUGGAGAACAGAGUUAUGUCAGCAGGAGGCCUCAGGCAUGGCCUCUGGAGAAAAGGGUUUGAUCGGCUGCAGACCUCAGGCUGGGUCUCUGCAGGGAAAAAUGGUUCUGUCAGCAGCAGGCCUCAAGCUGUCGGCCUUCAGCCACAUAGAGGCUCAGAGGCUGAGGAAAGGCCCACAGUGGGGCUUGGAAAGAACUGCCUUCUUAGGAAAGGCAAAUCCCCCCCCG